UCCCCCAAUCCCAUACAAUUCAAUUUCAGAAAAGAAUUUGGGGACUGUGGUAAAAUAGCAUCUCCAAACUUGCUAUGGCAAGAUGAUGCUCAGGUUUUCCAUGUGCAGGGGAAAUGAUGAAGGAUACAACUCUAUGUUGGGGACAACAGUGUGGGUCUAGAGUUUCCAAUGUCUUCCAGGAGUUCUUGAGACCCACCAUGAGAAGGAAGUGGUGGGGCAUGGAAUAAAUGUUUUGCAAUGGAACAAAUAUGGUUGCUGCUGCUUCUAACAAUUAGAGUGCUUCCAGGGUCUGCUCAGUUCAAUGGCUACAACUGUGAUGCCAACCUCCACAGUAGAUUUCCUGCUGAAAGAGACAUCAGUGUCUAUUGUGGGGUGCAGGCCAUUACGAUGAAGAUUAAUUUUUGCACGGUACUUUUCUCGGGUUAUUCGGAAACAGAUCUGGCACUGAAUGGAAGGCAUGGGGACUCCCACUGCAGAGGGUUCAUCAAUAACAACACCUUUCCAGCCGUGGUCAUUUUUAUCAUCAACCUCAGCACCUUGGAGGGCUGUGGAAACAACUUGGUGGUAUCCACAAUUCCUGGAGUCAGUGCUUAUGGAAAUGCAACUUCAGUGCAAAUAGGAAAUAUUUCAGGAUAUAUUGAUACUCCAGACCCACCAACAAUCAUCAGCUAUCUACCUGGGCUUCUUUACAAAUUUAGUUGUAGUUAUCCAUUGGAAUACCUGGUUAAUAAUACCCAGCUUGCUUCGUCCUCAGCUGCUAUUUCUGUGAGAGAGAACAAUGGCACAUUUGUCAGCACUUUGAACCUGCUCCUUUAUAACGAUUCAACCUACAACCAGCAGUUAAUUAUCCCCAGUAUAGGAUUACCUUUGAAAACCAAAGUAUUUGCAGCUGUCCAAGCCACUAAUCUGGAUGGCAGAUGGAAUGUUUUAAUGGAUUAUUGCUAUACAACUCCAUCAGGAAAUCCAAAUGAUGACAUUCGAUAUGAUCUCUUCCUUAGCUGUGACAAGGAUCCUCAGACCACCGUCAUUGAGAAUGGCCGAAGCCAGCGGGGUCGGUUUUCAUUUGAAGUGUUCCGAUUUGUGAAACACAAGAAUCAGAAAAUGUCCACUGUCUUCUUGCACUGUGUUACCAAGCUCUGUAGAGCAGAUGACUGCCCCUUCCUUAUGCCGAUUUGCAGCCACAGAGAAAGGAGAGAUGCUGGGAGGAGGACGACUUGGAGCCCCCAGAGCUCUUCUGGCAGUGCAGUGCUCUCUGCUGGUCCCAUCAUUACUCGGAGUGAUGAGACUCCAACCAACAAUUCACAACUUGGUUCUCCAAGUGCGCCUCCCUUCCAGCUGAACGCCAUCACCAGUGCACUGAUAUCAGGAAUGGUCAUUCUGGGAGUUACGAGCUUUUCUCUUCUUCUAUGCUCACUGGCCCUUCUGCACAGGAAGGGACCCACCAGUUUAGUGUUGAAUGGCAUAAGAAACCCAGUCUUUGACUGAGUGUAACAGGUGCCUGCUCUCCAGAGAAGGCUUCACUGACUAAACUAUGUGUGACUGCAGUCGGUGUUCCAUCUGAAUUUCAUGUCAGUCCGCAUUCAAUAUUUGUAGGUUUGAUAAAUUUCACAGUGUAGCUUGUCAGCAUAAUAAUAGUGAAAGAAGUUUAUAAUAUUGCUAUUGUCACUGGUGUAUGUGGCCAGCCGUAUUUUUAUGCCACCAAUGAAUACAUUGACAAUAAGUGAAAAAUAUUCAGGACUUAGGUCUUCCAGGAUCAGUAAUAUUUCAUUUUACGUCAGUUUGCUUUUGAUUGUUG